UACAAAAUGGUCAAUAUAAUUUCAUUCAUCAGUUUAAUAAUGAUCAUAACCACGACAACAACAACAUUUGCACAAUCAACAACGAUGAUACCGAGAAAUAAUGAAAUAAAUCAAAAUCAAAGUAGCAUUAGUACGGAUACAGUAAUAAGAAAUAUAAUAUUUAAUCAAUCAACAGAAUAUUAUGAUGAUGAAUUAAUUUUGGAACAAAUGUUAGCUGCAGCAAAUAUGUCACAACCACCACCAGAAACAUGGCGUGCAAUUGUUAACUUGUUGACAAGAGGUUUAAAUGUAACACAUUUACAAUACCAUCUAUUGAAUAAUAAACAAAAUGAUACCAAACAACAACAACAUCAAUCAUCAAUGACAAAACAAUCAAAAACAGGAUUAAAAGAUAAAACCCUUUCAUUAUCAACAUUAAAACAUGAUGAUAAUAAUAAUAAUAUUAAUAAUAAUGAUGAUGAACAGAAUUUAACCAUUUUAAAAUCAACAACAAAAUCACAUAUUGAAUCAGCUAUUGAUGAAUUUCCACCAGAUUUUAUGACCGAUAAUUUUCGUCAAAAUGGUGGAUUUAUUGUUCAUAUUAUUAUUUUUAUCUAUCUUUCAUUAGCAUUGGCUGUUAUUUGUGAUGAAUAUUUUCUUAAAUCAUUAGAAUAUAUUAGUGAAGCACUUCAUUUACCAUCGGAUAUUGCCGGUGCAACAUUUAUGGCUAUUGGUACAUCUGCACCAGAAUUAUUCACUUCGGUAAUUGGUGUAUUCAUUUCGGAUAAUGAUAUUGGUACUGGUACUAUUGUUGGUUCAGCCGUAUUCAAUUUGAUUGCUAUACCUGGUGCAUGUGGUUUUGCUGCUUAUUAUAAUCUAAAAAAUAUGCCCAAAAUCAAUCCAUUUCCAAUUAUACGUGAUACAAUAUUUUAUGUAUUAACAAUAAUAACAUUGAUACUUUGUAUCAAAGAUAAUCGUGUUGAUUGGAUUGAAUCAAUAACAUUGAUUGCAUUAUAUAUUGUAUACAUUAUUGUUAUGUAUUUUAAUGCACAAGUAUCACAUAUGAUUGGUAAAGCAACAUCGGCACAAUUUCGUCGUAAUUCAUCUGAUCAUUCAUAUGAUAAUAAUGAUGAUGAUCAGGAAAAACGAAAAAAACGUAGAUCAACAAUUGUCGAUAAUGAAUCUCGACCAUUAUUAUUGACUGAUGAUAGUGUUAAACGAUUAUCACCACCACCUGCAUAUCAAUCCGGUGGUGAUACUUAUCAAGUUUCACAACAACAACAACAAACAACAACUAAUGAACAAGUGGAUUUAUCAAAAAUUCAUCUAACGUUGGCUGAAAAUGGAAGAUUUAAAGAAAUUCAAUCAGAUGAAAAUCGGUCUCAAUCAUCAGGUAAACAACAAUCAAGAACGGAAAUUAUUGAUUUGGAACAACAAUUGAUAGAUGAUGAAAUUGAUACCGAUUGGUCGAGUCAUCCAUUUAUUCGUUUUAUAUUAAUACCAUUUAAAAUUAUAUUUUUCAUUACAUUACCAAAACCAACAAGAUUCUGUUUUGUUAUUACAUUUGUUUCAUCAAUUAUUUGGAUUGCAUGUCUUACCUAUUUUAUUGUAUGGAUGGUUACAUUAGUUGGCUAUACAUUGGGAAUACCAGAUACAGUAUCGGGUAUAACUGUUUUGGCAGCCGGUACAAGCAUACCAGAAUUAAUUUCCAGUUAUUUGAUUGUUAAAAAAGCUGGAUUAGCCGAUAUGGCUAUUUGUAAUUCAAUUGGAUCAAAUAUUUUUGAUAUAUUAUUUUGUCUUGGAUUACCAUGGUUAUUAAAAUCAUCAAUAGUUAUUGUAACAAAUGGUUUUGGUUUAGCAACAUUGGCCAAUAGUUAUAUACCAAUACAAAGUACAGCAUUACCAAUUACAUCAUUAACAUUAUUAUUGACAAUAUUUGCAAUGAUAAUUAUUUUUCGUACAUCAAGAUGGCGUUUAAAUCUAAAAUUAGGUAUACUUUGUACAUUGGUUUAUAUUGUGUUUGUUGUUACAUCAACAUCAUUGGAAUUGAAUGUUUGAAAAAUCCUAAUAAAUGAAUGAAUGAAACGAAAUCGAAAUUAUCAUU